GGCAGGGAUAGUAGCUCUUGGCUAAAAAUGUUGGAUGGAGAUCGGCGAUGCCACAUCCUCUCUGCGCAACGAAAUACAGUAUCUUUACCAAGUCGUAUCAAUCUGUGCAUUGUAUAUACUAUAUCAUUUGAUCGAUCGUAAAUAUCAGAUGUGUUUCUUCUUUGUUCUAUACAUUUGCAUGCCAAUCUCUCUCUCUCUUACAAAGUCGUAGUCUUAACUGC